AUGGAUAGAUAUGGAUUGAAUGGAUUAUUGGGAUUACUUAGAGCUGAAAAUCCAGAUCAAAAUACUGUUGCUAUUGGAUCUGAUUUAAACAUAUUGGGAUUAGAUAUGAGUGAAAAAUCAAUAGAUGUUAAAUUAUCCAAAACAUUCCCAUCUCCAUGGAUUGAAACUUCAAGAAGUGAAGUUGAACCUCAAUUCACAGUUCCAGAAUAUUUUAAAGUGGACUCUUUAUCAAAAGUUGAAGAUAAGUUAACUUUAUUUACAGAUGAGACACUUUUUUAUAUUUUUUAUACAAGAACAAAAGAUGUCUUGCAAGAACUAAGUGCAAGAGAAUUGAUGAACAGAAAUUGGAGAUAUCACAAAGAACUGCAAGUUUGGUUAACUAAGGACUCAAAUACUGAACCAAUUCAACAAUCUCCUCAAAGUGAACGUGGAUUAUAUAUUUUCUUUGACCCUCAUAAUUGGGAAAAAGUUAGAAAAGAAUUUAUUUUGUAUUAUCAAGCAAUAAUGUCGACAUGA